AUGCUUCCUAUUGUCGCUGCCACUCUCUUGAGCACCACCCGCGUCUACCUCUACAGCUACAAGUUCGAUCAACCCACCAAUAACCUUAACCACGCCUUUACAGGAGCAAACGUCACCGUUGCUCUGGUGAACCCCGCCACCAAACGCGGCUUCCACUGCAAGGGCCGUGGCGUCCCAACACAGCCAUUGCAAGAUCCCUUCUCUCGCGACGAUGCUCAAUUUGCUUGCUACGAUGACGGCUACGACAUCGCCAACCAGAAUAUCAAGUUCAAGUUUGAGGCACCAUCCUACCAGGGCUGGAAGGAUGGGCCCCACGAGUUCAACAUUACCAUGGACCAGACAUUCCGAUGCUCUAGUGCCCCGGGAACGCCGGCCUACCAGGCAACCAGCUUCAUGAGCCUUCCCACUUAAUUCACCAAUACUUGCGUGAGAGACAUUAAGGUCUACCCCGAAGGUGAUCCUGACCACCACUACCUGAUCAAGACAGAGGUCUGUGGCCCUUACUCUGGACAGCUCAAUGUUGAUGCCGUCAAGGUUCUUUCUUAAAUGCAUUUCCACGAUGCUCUUUUGCGCCUAGAGAUAAUUAUCUGUUUUUAAAUAGACAGACUGAUCUGAUUUAUUACAUAUUUCUUUAGA